AUAGACAUUCUCCCCCAAAAAUGCGCUUGCUGAAACAGAACACAUAAAAGAAAGCUUGAUCAUAAGAAGCGCACGUUAACUGACGCCACCGACCCAAGGCUCACGUUAGCGCCUAUCCAUGCACUUUUCACUUCUGUCUACGCAUGUCCCCCUUUCUUUCUCCCCAUACGUUCUUCUUCCUCCCUAUCCCUUAUCUAUUCCCCCGAUUAGGGUUAGGGUUCUCUGGCUUUUUAUCCCUCUUCACUUUCUCCGUUUCUGGAUAUUCUCGCAGCCAAUUCGAAUUUACAUUAUUUAUGACUUCAUCCCAGAUGCUUAACUCCCAUCAGCUACUGUAGUUCAUGGAUGCGAAGAAGCGUCUUUCAUACUCCAAUUUGUUCAACCUAGAGUCACUGGUGAACUUUCAGCUUCCACGGGGCGAUGAUGAUGAUGAUUUUGAUUACUAUGAGAGGAGCAGCCAGGACGAGAGCAGAGCUAGCCAAGGUGGAGUGGUGGGGGAACGGAAUAAUGGAAUGCUCUCUGGGCGGGAAUUGAAGAAGAGGCGGACUGCAUAUAGUAGUGAAGAGGACGAAGAGAGAACACAUACUACAUAUAUCUCAGAGGAAAAGUAUAGAGCAAUGCUAGGAGAGCACAUUCAUAAAUAUAAGAGGAGGCCUGGUACAUCCACAUCAAAUGUCACAUCAACACGAACUGUGAUGCAUAAUGCAAAAAACAGUCUAGGGCUCAAGGAUGUGGAACUAAAAAGUGAUCAUCGAGGAGGACUGUAUAAACUGGACUCUGCCCCAGAUUUUCUAAGCAAAAGUAAUUCACAGAAAUCAGGAAACCAAUUGCAGUCUGACGUAUCAAAGUUUGUGUUUUACAGAUCGAAUUAUGAGCCCGCUUUCUUAGAUAUGGGAGGAGGAAAGAUUUAUAGCAUCCCUCCUCCUUAUGAAAAGCUGGCUGCAGCAUUGAACUUGCCUAGCGUAUCAGAUGUUCAAGUGGAUGAAAUUUACCUUCAGGGAACUCUUGAUUUAGAGACAUUGGCUGCAAUGAUGACUUCUGACAAGAGGUUUGGGCUCAGAACAAACGGAGGAAUGGGUGAUCCUAUACCCCAGCAUGGAUCCCUACAGGCAAGGCUUAAAUCUCAGUUGAAUGGCAACUCAGACCCAAAAUUCAAUCUUAAAGUCAGUGAAGCUGCAUUGGAGGCAUCUUCUAUCCCUGAGGGGGCAGCUGGGUCCAUACGACGUUCCAUCUUGUCAGAGGGUGGUGUUUUGCAAAUUUUCUAUGUUAAGGUGUUGGAGAAAGGUGACACAUAUGAGAUUAUUGAACGUGCUUUGCCCAAAAAGCCAAAGGUGGAGAAAGACCCUGCUGCGAUUGAGAAGGAAGAGAUGGAGAAAAUUGGAAAGUAUUGGGUGAAUAUGGUUAGGAAAGACAUCUCAAAACAUCACAGACUCUUCACUAAUUAUCAUAAGAAGCAGUUUACUGAUGCCAAGAGAUUCUCAGAAACAUGUCAAAGAGAGGUAAAAUUGAAGGUUGGAAGAUCGCUUAAGAUUAUGAGAGGUGCUGGAAUUCGUACCAGGAAACUGGCGAGGGACAUGUUGGUAUUUUGGAAGAGAGUUGACAAGGAGAUGGCUGAAGUGAGGAAGAGGGAGGAAAAAGAGGCUGCAGAAGCCUUGAAACGUGAACAAGAGCUUCGUGAAGCAAGGAGGCAACAACAAAGGCUCAACUUUCUGCUGUCACAAACUGAACUUUACAGUCACUUCAUGCAGAACAAGCCGACUUCACAAGCCACAGAGGCUUCGGCGGAUGAAAGUGGAAUAGCAGAUGACAAAGAAGUGCUGUUGACUUCUGCUGAAGCUCAGGCUGGAGAGGAAGAAGAUCCUGAAGAGGCUGAAAUGAGAAUGGAAGCUCUGAAAGCUGCUCAAAACGCUGUUUCAAAGCAGAAAAUGAUGACAAGUGCAUUUGAUAGUGAAAUCUUGAAGCUGCGGCAAGCUUCUGAAAUUGAGAACUCCCAACCAGAUAAUUCAGUUUCGGGUUCUAGUAACAUAGAUUUGUUGCAUCCGUCCACAAUGCCUGUAGCAUCCACAGUGCAGACACCAGAGUUAUUCAAAGGUACCCUAAAAGAGUAUCAGCUGAAAGGUCUUCAGUGGCUUGUUAAUUGUUAUGAACAGGGUUUAAAUGGCAUUCUUGCUGAUGAAAUGGGUCUUGGGAAGACCAUUCAAGCCAUGGCAUUCUUGGCUCAUUUGGCAGAAGAAAAGAAUAUAUGGGGGCCAUUUUUGGUAGUUGCUCCUGCUUCUGUCCUGAACAACUGGGCUGAUGAGAUUGGUCGUUUCUGCCCUGAUCUAAAAACACUUCCAUAUUGGGGCGGUCUGCAAGAGAGAACGGUACUUAGGAAGAAUAUUAACCCCAGACGUCUUUAUCGACGGGAUGCUGGAUUCCACAUUCUCAUUACCAGUUACCAACUUCUAGUUUCUGAUGAGAAGUACUUCCGACGUGUCAAGUGGCAAUAUAUGGUGUUGGACGAAGCCCAAGCAAUUAAAAGCUCAACAAGUAUAAGAUGGAAGACAUUACUGAGUUUCAACUGCCGAAACCGCUUGCUUUUGACUGGUACUCCAAUCCAAAACAACAUGGCUGAGCUGUGGGCUCUCCUGCAUUUCAUUAUGCCCACUUUAUUUGAUAGCCAUGAGCAAUUCAACGAGUGGUUCUCAAAAGGAAUCGAGAACCAUGCCGAGCAUGGUGGGACCUUGAAUGAGCACCAGCUUAAUAGAUUGCAUGCAAUUCUGAAGCCCUUCAUGUUGCGGCGGGUUAAGAAAGAUGUAGUUUCAGAGUUAACUGGAAAAGUUGAAGUAACAGUGCAUUGUAAGUUGAGUUCGCGGCAGCAGGCAUUUUAUCAAGCUAUAAAGAACAAGAUAUCCCUCGCUGAAUUGUUCGACAGCAGCCGUGGGCAUCUUAAUGAGAAAAAAUUAAUGAACCUAAUGAAUAUUGUCAUCCAGCUGAGGAAGGUUUGUAAUCAUCCGGAGUUAUUUGAGAGAAAUGAGGGAAGCACUUUUUUCUACUUUGGGCAAAUUCCAAAUUCACUUCCUCCUCCUCCAUUUGGGGAACUGGAAGAUGUCUAUUAUUCUGGUGAAGGAAGUCCUGUUACAUACCAGAUGCCAAAGAUGAUCUUCCAAGAAAUCCAGAACUCAAAUAAGUUUUGCUCUAUGAUGGGGCAUGGUAUGAGUAGAGAGUUAUUUGGUAAAUACUUCAACAUAUUCUCUCCUGAGAAUAUUCAUAAUUCUGUAUUCAGACCAACUCAAAAGCCUGAUGAUUAUCAUAUAAAAAGCGGAACAUUUGGGUUCACCCGCAUGGUUGAUCUGUCACCUAUGGAGACAUCAUUUUUGGCAACUUGUUCUUUCAUGGAGAGAUUAUUGUUUUUAAUAAUUAGAUGGGACAGACUAUUUUUGGAUGAAAUGUUGGAUGUGAUGGAGAGAGAGGAUGGUGAAAUCUUUUCCAGUCACAUUGGACGGGACAAAGUGAGAGCUGUCACACGCAUGUUACUUUUGCCAUCAAAGUCAGAGGCAACUAUAUUGAAGAAGAGAUUAGAAGCUGGUCCUGGUGAUGCUUCAUUUGAGGCUUUAGUCGUGCCAUAUCAAGACAGGCUCUUGUCUAAUAUUGAUCUUCUACAUGCAGUAUAUUCUUUUAUUCCAAGGGCCAGGGCACCCCCAAUAAAUGCAAAUUGUUCCGACAGAAAUUUUGCUUACAAAAUGGUUGAAGAACUACAUAAUCCAUGGAUUAAAAGGUUAUUUGUGGGAUUUGCACGAACAUCUGAUUAUAAUGGUCCUCGUAAGCCAGGAAUCCCACACCCUUUGAUACAGGAGAUUGACUCUGAACUUCCAGUAUCACUUCCUGCGCUUAAGCUUACAUACAAAAUUUUUGGCUCAUCUCCGCCCACACAACCAUUUGAUCCUGCUAAGAUGCUCACGGAUUCUGGCAAGCUUCAGACGUUAGACAUAUUAUUGAAACGACUUCGUGCUCAAAAUCACCGAGUUCUUCUCUUUGCACAAAUGACAAAAAUGUUGAACAUUCUAGAGGAUUAUAUGAACUACAGAAAAUAUAGAUACCUAAGGCUUGACGGGUCCUCCACAAUAAUGGAUCGUCGAGACAUGGUUAGAGAUUUCCAGCAUCGGAGUGAUAUUUUUGUUUUUCUGCUUAGUACUAGAGCUGGCGGACUGGGUAUCAAUUUGACUGCAGCUGACACUGUCAUAUUCUAUGAAAGUGACUGGAAUCCAACCCUUGAUCUUCAGGCAAUGGAUAGAGCUCACAGGCUAGGUCAAACUAAGGAAGUUACUGUCUAUCGCCUGAUUUGUAAAGAGACGGUUGAAGAGAAAAUAUUGGUGAGGGCCAGUCAGAAAAACACAGUUCAGCAGCUGGUGAUGACGGGAGAACAUGUUCAGGGUGAACUCAUGGCUCCAGAAGAUGUUGUCUCAUUAUUACUUGAUGAUGCCCAACUUGAGCAGAAAUUGAAAGAAAUUCCACUUCAGGCUAAAGAAAGGCAGAAAAGGAAAGGUGGAGGAGCCAAGGGCAUAAGGGUCGAUGCAGAUGGGGGUGUGUUUUUGGAAGACAUUUCAGCCACCGCUAAUGGUGAGUCCACCGCUGACCUUGACAAAGGGAAGUCAAGUAAAAAGAGAAAAUCUUUCACUAGUGACAAACAAAUGGCAGCUCCUCCGAAAGCAGCAAGGCCUCAAAAGGCUACUCCCAAGAAUGUGGAGUACACACCUCCCAAGUCCAUAGCAGUGGAUGAUGAGAUGGAUGAUGAUCCUCCUCCCUCAAAUGAAAUUAAAGAACAAAGACCGUCAAAAAGGCUGAAAAGGCCUACAAAGAGUGUGAAUGAGACUCUUGAGCCUGCAUUCACUGCCUCCUCACCGUUGGAUGAUAAUCUAAAACUACCUCUUCCUUCUGAUCCUACUUCUGCUGCCUGAAGUUAAUAUAAGUUGUCAUUUGCUUCCCAACUGAAGCUGAUGUGGCAGAACGAAGAAGCAAGGCGGAUUUUUCAGCUUCAGAUGAAGGAUGGUGGAUUGUAUAGAAAUGUUGUGUAUAGUUUCUUUUAGUGGCCUGCUAGGCCUGUCCGUGUACUGGGGGCGGGAGCGUGGUGGGGAUAAUUGAAAUAUAAAAAGAAAGGCUGUGUAGUUAUGUACAGUAGAGCACACGAGGGCCUGUUUCGGCUGAUUUAGUUGCCCAUUUUUUAACACCAAAGCUAUUUACUAGUUAGAUAACAACAUACGAGCAUUAUGUCAGGUACUCAGUCAGGAGCAACAUAAACAAGCACGAAUCCGUGUCCAUUUGGAACACUUGACUGAUUGGUAGCCGUUGAUUAAUAUACUUUUGCUUUAAUAUGGCGUUGAACUUGCAAUAUUAUGACUUC